AUGGUGCAGGCCACCAAGAUUGGCUUAUGUCUCCGUUGCUUGAAAAUGGCGCAUGGAGAUGGUCGCGAGGUGAAGUGUGGAAAUCGUGGCCUCGGCCACAAAUUUCUACUUUGCCACAACAGGAGCCCUAAGCAGCCUGCGAAGUGCCCCCACAGAAAUUGCAAAGAUCGCCGCCAACCAACAUCUCCGACACCGAAACCAGCCACCGCCCACCAGCGACAGCGCCACCAGCCAACCAAAAUCAUCGCCAGCCAGCCUUCGCGCACCAGCGUCACUACAGCGACCGCCAUUCAAUAUCACCUGCAACGCCACCAGCCAGCCCACCAACAAUGCCAGCUCGUCAUCACGCCACCGAAGCCGCUCGUCGAGAAAAAGGAGUUCAAACCCUUGAGAAUAAUCAAAUUCCUUUUAUGUCCAACGUUUAGUUGCACAUGUGUUUCCUGUCUCUCCUCAAUGCAAUUCAAGUAG